AUGGGCCGUUUAAUAGGGCUAAAUCUCUAUAAUUUCAAGUCAUAUAGAGGACUGAAUCGAAUUGGCUUUGGCUCGGCAAACUUCACCAGUAUCAUGGGAACAAAUGGUUCUGGAAAGUCCAACCUUAUGGAUGCCAUUUCCUUUGUCCUGGGUCUUCAAUCAAACAGUCUUCGUUCGACCAAUGCUAAAGAUCUGAUCUAUCGGGGAAGGGUGGCUGGAACGGACAACGAUGAUGAUGAUGAUGACAUGGAUAACUCAGACAAAGAAAACUACUCGGGGGAUGGGUCUAGAAAUGCCUACGUAUCUGCAAUUUACGAAACCUCGGAGGGUGAACAAGUUCAGUUCAAACGUGUCAUCAACAGUAAUGGUUCGACUGAAUAUCGAAUUAAUGAAAAGCUAGUGACCAUGUCGGAAUAUUCAGAUCUACUCAAAGACGAAAAUAUUCUUAUCAAGGCCAAGAACUUUUUGGUAUUUCAGGGUGAGGUGGAGAAAAUUGCAGCUCAGUCAGCAAAAGAGCUUACAAACAUAAUUGAAAUUAUAAGUGGAUCUAAUGAAUACAAGGAAGAGUACGACUACCUGAAAGAACAGCUAGAUGAAGCGCAUAAUGUCACUGUAGCUACGUUUGGGAGAAGGCGUGCUUUGAAGAACGAUUUCAAACAGUACAAGGAGCAAACUAUUGAGGUCCAAAGGUAUGAAGAUAAAACUAGAGAACGAGACCAAUUGGAGAUUACUGCUAAAAUGUGCUCAAUGUUUCAUAAUGACAAUAAUAUCAGUAAACUUCAAGAACAACUUCAAGCAGUCAAUCAGCAGAUUGGGGAUCUAUCAGCGCGUUUAGAGAAAGAAGAGUCAACUUUUGAGGCGUUAAAGACUGCAUAUUCAGAGAAGGCAUUGAAUGCUUCAAACGACAAACACAAAUUAUCUAAAAGGAUUGAAGCUCUGAAAGAUCAAAAGCUGACCAUUAUUCCUCUGGAUACUGAGAAACAAGGUAUCAGACGUCAGUUGGCUAACUUGGAGGUACGCCUAAAUGAGAUGAACGCCGACUCAGACAAACAAAAAUCUGUCAUUAAAACGAUAACAAAGUCAUUAAACUUUGCACAGAAGGAAUUAAAGGAGUUAGAUGAAAAAUACGUUUCUGAAUCGAUCACUCUUCCAGAAGAGUCUUUAAAAGAAUACAAUAAGUUAAGGCAGACAUUUCUAGUCAAAGGAAAUCUUUUGGAAGCCGAACUAAAUGAAAAGUCCCAGAAAAUUGACAUGCUGACUCAAGAAUUUCAAGACCUUCAAGACAAGCUGGAUGCUGAGACUUCAAAGUUAGACAACCUGGAGUCCUUGAAAACAUCCAAAGAGAAAAGUCUCCACAGCAAGACUUCACUUCUUAAUGAUCAAUUGGAAUUCCUGCAGACGAAGCAAGCUUCCUUGUCUUCAUUCAAAUCCAUAAGACAGACACACUUAAAACAGGUUCAAGAAGUGAACCUGAAAUUACGUGACGUUCUCUCUCAAUUGGAUGAACUCAAUGCUUCACAAAGAGAAUCACAAAGAGAACGAGCUUUGAGUGAUAUUAAUGUUUCUUUGAAGAGAGUGUACGGUGCCAUGGUUAAAGGUUCGGUACAUUCUCUAUUAAAGCCGACGCAUAAGAGAUAUCAGGCUGCCAUUUCCGCUGCGCUGGGUAAGGACUGGGAUUCUAUUAUAGUGGAAAAUGCGUCCGCAGCUCAACAGUGUAUUCAUUAUUUGAAAGAAAACCGCUCUGGUACUGCGACCUUUAUUCCUAUUAACUCAGUCAAAGUUAGCCCUGUGUCACCACAUCUAAGGAAUAUUCAUCCAGAAGCUAGACCAUUGAUUGACGUUAUAGAGUACAACUCGUCGUUACACAAUGCGAUGGCCUAUGUCUGUUCUAAUACCUUAGUAUGUGAUACCUUGGACCUGGCUAAACACUUGAAGUUUGAUCAAAGAGUUAAUUGCAAAGUGGUAGCCUUGAAUGGUGCAGUGAUCAAUAAAUCAGGGCUUAUGACUGGUGGUGUAAAUCCCAACGAUGUUCCAAGAUGGGACAAGGCAAAAGCUCUAGGAUUGACUAAACGCAAGGAUGAACUUUUGUUUGAACUAGAGGAACUAGACAAGAAGAAACCUAACGAAUUUGAUGAGCGAGCACUGAUAGAUGAGAUCAGUGCAAUUGAGUUGGAGCUGCCUUUACUAAGAAGAAACAGAACAGAAGCUGAACGAGCUAUUAGAGAUGUGGAACUUGAGAUUGAAUAUCAAAAACAAAAAGUGGCAGAGGUGCAAACACUGCUGGAACACUCAGAACUUGGCCAACUUAGACAAUCUUAUGGAGAAGUCCAAUCUAAGGUGACUCACUUACAGUUAGAAAUAUAUGCUGAUUUUUGCAAGCGAAACGGCCUAGAGUCAAUUCAACAGUAUGAAAAUAGUGAACGUCACAGGGAGUUCACAAGACAGAAGACUAAACUCCUCCAACAAAUUUCUUCUUUGGAAAACAAACUGGAAUAUGAAAAGGAAAAAUACCAGAAUACUCAAAAUACUCGACAAGACAUUGAGCGGGAAGAAGAUAAACUGAAAGAAUCUUUGGAAGAUGUUAGUCGGAGACAUGCUCAAUCGGUGGAAAGGCUGGACCGUGAAGAUGCAGAAUUGGAAGUUGAGAAAGAAGCUCUCGAGAUGGAAUUUGAAAAACUGGGUAAGGAGCUAGAGACAACCAAGCAAAAGGGUGACGAGGUUGCAGAUCUUCGUGGCCAAUAUGAAGACCUUCAAACUCAUAAACUUCACUACGAUGAAGAGUUGGAGAAGGAGAACAUGAAGAAGAUCCAGGUUUUGAAAGAUUGCAAAAUGAAAAGUAUUGAUAUCCCGUUGUUAUAUGGGGACAUGGAGACUUUAGAAUUAGAGGACGAUAACGAGGCAAGCAAUAGCUCUAAUAUUUUAGCAGAUCAAUUUGUUAUAGAUUACGAUGGCAAUCUUGACGAGAAAUACAAGUCGGGAGAUCUUGACACUCACUUGCAAGAUCUUUCAGUACAGAUGGAGUUACUUUCGGAAGAAAUAAAUAAUUUGACGCCAAAUACCAAGUCACUAGAAAGAUUAGCGGAAGCUGAGAAAGCUUUAAAGAGCUGUGAGAGGCAAUUUAAUGGAGCAAGAGAGGAUGAAAAGGAAAUAUUAUCUCAGUUUGAUACUGUUAAGGAAAAACGAUUCAGGUUGUUUGACGAAGCUUUUCAACAUAUUUCCAAAUCUAUUGACAAUAUCUACAAAGAGCUGACAAAGUCCAAAGUAUCUCCGCUGGGAGGCUCAGCUUACUUGACUCUUAGUCAGGAGGAUGAGCCAUAUUUGGGUGGCAUAAACUUUCAUAGUAUGCCCCCAACUAAGCGAUUCAGGGAGAUGAAUCUUUUGUCUGGAGGAGAGAAAUCUAUAGCAGCAUUAGCUUUAUUGUUUGCCAUUCACUCGUACAAACCCUCACCAUUUUUCGUAUUGGAUGAAGUGGACGCAGCUCUUGAUAACGCAAACGUGAACAGAUUGGCAAAUUACAUUGUCAAGAAUGCUAGUCCAACUUUCCAAUUCAUUGUCAUCAGUUUGAAAAACAGCCUUUUUGAAAAGGCUGAUGCAUUAGUGGGUAUCUACAGGGAACAGAGGUUGAACAGCAGUAAAGCUGUUACCUUGGACCUAAGGAACUUCUCCGAUAAGGAAUAG